AGAGAGAGAGUGAGUGAGAAAGAGAAAGGGGGAAAAAAAAGAAGUCUUGACAUUAGUUUUCUCGCCCUCCACUCAUGGCCGGAGCCGAGUGUGAGAGUGUCAGCCCAGUGUGGCACUGUCUCUCGGCGUUGAGGACCUCCGCGAGUUAUGGCAGUUAUUAGGUCGCUGCUCCCGGACCCUGUGCCCCCCCAGCGGUACCCCAAAGCCGUGGCCAUGCUGUGCUCGCUGCUGAUGUGCCUCCUGUACUUCUUCCUGUACUAUGUCACCGACCUCUGCCACACCACCCCCGGCCCCGUCCGCGGCUCGGACCCGGGCGGGAGGGCUCUGGCGGCCGAUUGGGACGAGUGGCGGUCGGUGCGGAGGAAGAGACUGCUCCAGAAGCCGCAGCCGCGGAGCCACCUGGACCCGGACACAGCGGUGGGGGGGAGAAGAGGGAGAGGAGAGGAGAGGCUUCAGGGACGAGGACCGGACGCCAAACCGAGUCCCGCGCUGUCGGGGACCCCCCACUCGCAGCCGCCGGGAUCCUCCCCCCUGAGCUUCAGCGGCGAUGGGGUGAGGAAGCUGCCCCAGGCCAUCAUCAUCGGGGUGAAGAAAGGCGGUACCCGGGCACUGCUGCAGUUUGUCCGGGUUCACCCCGACGUGCGGGCGGUGGGCGCCGAACCCCAUUUUUUCGACAGACAGUACCACAGAGGGUUACAAUGGUACAGGGACUUGAUGCCAAAAACUCUGGAUGGACAAGUCACCAUGGAGAAAACGCCCAGUUACUACGUGACCAAGGAGACGCCUCCUCGUAUCCACGCAAUGUCCAAGGACGCCAAGCUGAUUGUGGUGGUCCGUGACCCUGUGACUCGUGCUAUCUCCGAUUACACUCAGACUCUCUCCAAAAAGCCCGAUAUCCCCAGCUUUGAGAGCUUGACCUUCAAAAACAGGACUACAGGCCUGAUUGACACCUCGUGGAGCGCCAUCCAGAUUGGCAUCUAUGCCAAGCACCUGGAGAAUUGGCUGCAGUACUUCCCCAUGCGGCAGAUCUUGUUUGUGAGCGGGGAGAGGCUCAUCAGCGACCCAGCCGGAGAGCUGGGCAAGGUGCAGGACUUCCUGGGGCUGAAGAGAAUCAUCACAGACAAACAUUUCUACUUUAAUCAGACCAAGGGCUUCCCCUGCUUGAAGAAGCCAGAGGGCAGCAGCAAACCCCACUGCCUGGGCAAAACAAAAGGCAGAACCCAUCCCAACAUUGACCCCGAGGUGGUUCAGAGGCUCAGAGACUUUUACCGGCCUUUCAACAUGAAAUUUUACCAAAUGACGGGUCAGAACUUUGGCUGGGACGAUUGAGAGAAGCGAUUCAUGUGAACUCUUCCCAGUAAGGCAGUUUGUGCAAAAGUUGGAACUUUUUUUAAAAUAAACAAAAAAAUAAGCAGAAGCUAUUAUUGUAAGUAAACUUUAGUUUGAGGAGUUGCUCUAUCCUUAUGCUCAAAGCAUUUUGUUUCGAAUUAUUUAUUUAAUAAAAUAUUAGCCACACUAUUAGGCAAGAUCAUAGAAUGAACAACCUAGCACAGUUACAUCAGCUCGGCUUGGAGACAGGAGCCCACAAUCUAUCUGUAAAAAUAGACAAAACUCUGGGCAGAAAGUUAUUUUUUACAGAAUUACUAAUUGUGUUACUAUAAUAUUCUAUUCACAGAUUUCUUUAACUGGGGUGCUAUUUCUGUAUUGGGUAUUUUUUUACCUAAUUUAAAAAGUUUUUUUUAAAAAAAGCACACAUUUAAUAAAGUUUA